AUGGCGCCCCAAAAUCAACUCGGAAAACGCGUGAAACUAACGCAAGUCCGUCGACCGUUUAUCGUAGGAAGCACAGCAAAGCCCUUCUCUGAUACGAAUCCACGACCAGCAGGAAUUCCUGAUAACCACACGCAUUCAUGGCAGGUCUUUGUCAAAGGUCUCGACGACACCGAUAUCACGUACUGGUUGCGACGUGUCCAGUUCAAGCUCCACGAAUCCAUUCCGAACUACGUGCGAAUGGUCGAGGGUGAACCCGGAAAGCCUUUCACAGUCGAGGAAACAGGGUGGGGAGAGUUCGAUAUAACGAUCAAGCUCUAUUAUGUCAACGAUUCAGGCGAGAAGCCUCAGACCUUGUAUCAUUAUCUGCGUCUGCAUCCAUACGGUCGAAACGAAGAAGAGAAGCAAGCGAUGAUCUCAUCCAACGGAGAGAUCUGCUCAUGGAGCUACGAAGAACAGCUCUUCAACGAACCCUACGAAGUCUUCUACAACCUCCUCACUCAGGGCGCCAUACCUAAAGGGUGGAAGCCCAGCGGCGGCAAGGGCAAGGGCAAGACGCGCGCACCACCACCGUUCCCCACGGAUAAUAACGAAGUUUGGGAACAUUCCGCCAUGAUACCAGCGCACAACCGACCGGGACAACCGUUCAGCCUUGAGACGGAAGCAGCCGAGAUACGCAAACUAGCAGAGGCGCAGGGUCAGGCUGAGGAUAUGGCUAAGAAGAUCCUCGCCGAGCUAAAAGCUAAAGAGGAGCAGCUCGCUGCACUAAAGGGAGAGAACCAGGCCGCUGCUGCCGCGGCCAAGUCAUAG